AUGAACUCUGAUACUGACGACAAAGGAUUCAACGAUUAUCUAUGGAGCCAUGCCUUGAUUUCAGAUGAAACGUAUCAGAAAUUAACACGAGACUGCGGUUACAAUAACAAUAGUAACUACUGUCAAAGCUUAGAAGAAGAACUUGGUGAAGAAAUUGGGAACAUAGAUUUCUACAACAUCUAUGGCCCGACUUGUACGCCAUUGCCUGAUGGAAUAAUGGUGAGGAAGAAGCAUCAUCGAAGAUCUGGUGGAGUAGAUCCAUGUGAAGAAGAAUACGUUGAACAUUAUCUCAAUCUUGCGAUCUCCAGAGACCGAUUCCCUCAACUUAUAAAAGCCCUCUACUUUCCUGAUUUCCUCAAAUCAAUCAAGUUUUCAGAUUUCUCUCCAUCUAUUCUUACUGAAGAUAGCACAGCCGUCGAACGGAAGCAGGAUUUGUUUCGCGAAUUUCUUUCUGUUGCGGUUUUCUUUGCGUCUCUCGGUGGAUUUUGUUCGCGAUUGAAUUGAAUUAGUAUUGGUGAGUGGUGACUGACUUAGGUUCUGUUUUUGUGAAGCAUAUAGAACGUGGUCAUUAAUCUGGUAAUUCCCUGCUUAUUAUCCUGUGUUUCUUCCAUCGGUUUAUUUGUCCUCCAUCUGACUUUAGUUAAUUUGAAGCUUUGUGCUUUUGGUCACUGUGUUUAGCCAGGAUUUCCGACUGUUUUUUAUUUGGUAAAACUACGUUGCUCGUCUUCCAUUUUUAGUCCAAAAAGUGGAUAUAUAGCUUUUCUAGACGGAGGGUACUGGUUUACUAUGUAGAGGAACAACAUCUUACUGGUUUUCUUGAUAAUUACUUUCAGAAUGCAAAGGAAACCCUUAACGUGAUGGCCUUUAUUUACAUCUGAUCCAUUUCUGGCUGCUAGCUUCACCUUCCUACAUGGAAUCUUAUUUGCGUGAAUCUCCUUCUAAUUGCUCCCAGUUUGUAAUAAAUAUGAUAACUUAUCUUUCUUGUUUUGUGUAUGCCAUUGAGCUGUGUGUUAGCAAGCCUAGUUUCUAAGAUUUUUUUUCCUACUUACUUUAUUCUGUCAUCCAAAAGGGUCUUCGGUUUUACACUGAAUGAUGUGUGAAGUGGGGUCGAAAUAGCAUUCAAGUAGGUUGGUGAUGUGGUGUGCGGAGAUAGCUAACUUGAUGAUAGAAGAUUAGAUCCUGUUAUGAUUAGAUUAUGGAAAUUGGUGUGAUAGAAGUAGGUUACAACAAAACUGUUGUACAACAAACUUUCCAGCCAAUAUAGGGGUAGGAACAUGUAAACAUGGAGACAGUUUCUCCCUCUUCUAUGUCUGAUGUGCGAUACUUUUGUUUUCUAUUGCUGUUUUCCUAACCCAUUGAUGAUUUUAUUUGGUCUAACACAGUGAGAACCACCUGCAACUGAAAUCUGGUAUGCUAAGUGUCAUUAGGCAGUGAUAGUUAGGUCCUUACUUCUCAGACUCUCUAAUUUGUUAAUUAACAAAAACAAUUUAUGUCCACACCAAAGCUCCCUCUAUUUACUAACUCAAGCAUUCCCUCCCAAAUCCUCUUCCCUGUGUCAAGUUCAUGUGUUCAUGUUUGGUAAAAGCCUUAAAGUAUGGGGGGCAUUACAUUACUUUUAAGUUGUUAUGGUUUUUCCUG